GGAAAGUGGGCUUGAUGUGUCAAGGGUGGAAACAAGAUUUUGAUAAAAAGACGAGUUGACGCUCUUGCCUUGGGAAGAUGGCUUAUAUCACAUACACAUGACUGAAAUAUUCCUCUGUUCACCCAGCAGUGAAUGGGUACCUGUAAGGAUGAGAUGAUAAUGUGAGCAUGAACCUUCCAGAGCCACACAUAUGCCACAAAAACAUGUCCCACUUGUCACUAUAAAGACCUAGUCUGAGCUCUCCCACCCGUCCAGAUGUCCCGACGAAUCUCUGUGGUCCUAGAGGGUAGGUGGUCAGAUGAUAGCCACUCCCAACGUGGACGCUACAUGUCCUCCUAUCUCCGCCUCCCAGGAUCCGAUCAGGAGUUUGACCUUGUACAGCUGGACCACUGCUACUCCAAGCCAUGGAGUGCCCAUCCAGAUGCGAGCAACGCCCGACCCAUGCGGACACUCUUCAUGGCCAAGUUCCCUCGCAGCCAUGGAUCUGAAGGAACUGGAGAGGACAGCCUGCCCCUGGAUGUCGUGAGUCUGCCCUCCACGCCCACCCUGCCGUACGACCUGACCAAGGCUCGCAGUCUCAUGAGUGAGUGUGAGAGACACGUCAGCUUUGCUCGAGUUGAGGAGGGGACGGACGACUGGGAAGAACAAAUUGUCAGGACUGGCUGGGCAAUGCAACAGAAUCGUCUUUUUAACAAAGUGAUGAAAGCUCUACAAGCAGACCGACUAGCUCGACUCAGUUGUGAGGGGCUUGACACAGAGCCGAUACAGAGGAGGGUGCACAUUGACAAGACAGCCAAGCGCGUGAGACAAGCUCUAGCCAGUGUAGGAUGGGACAUGAAGCUGGCCCAGUGGCUGCACAUCACCCUGUUUGAGAAUCUCAGUCUGUCCCUCCUGUCUGCCUACCUGGAUGUACUGCAGACCCUCAAAGCUAAGGUGCCCUCCCUUGUGGACCGCAUGAUGGUGGCGACGGCGAGUCGGACUCCGCCCGUCACAUCUGAGGCUCUCAAUCUGCUGCUAAAGAGGCCCUGGGACCCAGUCCACAACACACUCUCACAGCAGAAGCCAAAGAAGUUGCCUGGCAACCCUCUCCUCCUGAUAGCCCCCAGUGGCCCCAUCCACUCCAGUAUCGCAUAUUCCAAGAGGAGCAAGUUCUGGAACACCCAGCUGUCCAACCUGGGCAAAGUGAUCCCCGUCACCAUGCACACCGUCAAUGGUGGCAGCGGAGUCGGCAUUGCACAGUGCCUCGAACACAUGAUCGGAGCGGUCAGGACCAAGGUGCUGGAGUCAAAGAGUCAUUCCCAGAACCGGCCCAUCAUUCUCAUUGGAUGGGAUGUUGGAGCUCUUGUUGCUUGUCAUGUUGCCUUAGUGGAGUUGGUGACGGCUGUGGUGUGUCUGGGGUUUCCCUUCACAGGCAUCAGCGGAGGAAGAGGGGACGUGGAGGACCCCCUCCUGGACAGCAAGACUCCCACACUGUUUGUGGUCGGCCAGCACUCCAGCGUGUGUGAGAUUGACGACAUUGAGGACCUACGGGAGAAGAUGAAGGCAGAAAAUGGCCUCCUUAUGGUGGGUGGGGCCGACAAUCAGCUCCGUGUCAGCCGGGCCAAGAAGAAGCAGGAGUGUGUGACACAGGUGAUGGUGGACAGGUGUAUUCUGGAUGAGAUUUGUGAGUUCCUGGGAGGAAUCUUGUCGCAGUCUGCCACAGCACUAGAAGGCUUGGACCAGUCUAUUGAUGUCGACCUCCGCAAUAAGAAAAAGAGGCGGGUGUCCCGCGAGAUCACACAGACAAUUGCCGAGUCACCUUUCACUGUGUCAUCAAGAGGCCGAGGUCGCGGGAUGAGACAGAGCUUUGCAGGUGUGACCUUGAGCUCUCAACUAUCCCGUGCUGACGAGACCGAUUUUUCGGCAGAUAUGCCUAUAACCACCAUCAAACUCUCAAAUCGCCGAGGCACACCCAAGAAACGUCAGGCAAGAAGUCCCAUAACUAGUGUCCCAAGGAAGAAGAUCUCCCUACCGACGUCGGUAGCAGGAAGCAAUCUUGCAUCCCCCAAACUGUCCAACAGAACAACUGGAAACAUACCCCAGCCCCUCACCAUACCAGGGGCCAGGGAGCUCUCGGGGCUGCUCCAGGGGGUGAAAGGGGCGGAAGAAAGCACCGUGCCCAAAAGCACCAGCAUCACAACUGUCCCCCUGUCUCAGAUCCUCACCUCAGCAGCCCUGGCCAGUCAGCGAACAUCAGACAGCCCGUCAGGAGGAACACUGCUAGCGACAGCUGUGAAGAGUGACCCUGUCCCUGGGGAGAAGACAGCUGAGACAGUCCCCUUACAGCUGCAGACCGGGGCAUCAGGGUCAUCAGGCAACCACUCACAGAUCCUUCUUAGGACCGGAUCCAAGCCUUUCUCUAUUCCUCUCUCCAUGGCGCAGAAACUUGUGUCCGGGUCCCCUCUGGUUCACAUCACCACUGCUGCCACAGCUUCAACACAGAUACAGCAGCUGCUGUCCACUAUAGGCAGGUCUGUGUCUGGGUCCGGGUCCGGGUCUAGUGGGCAGACAGCCAUGAUCAUAACAAGUGCAGCCCCCAGCACAAGCCAGGCUUCUACCGUGGUCACACAAGCCGGGAACCUGGACAGACAGACAUCUCCUGCCAUGGCAAAGACGACGACCGUCGCUAGCGCUGUUCCCCCAGCCACAGGCACCCCAUCUACCGACCAGGAGAAGGUGCAGGCGAUACAGAGGCUCCAGUUCCAUGACUUCCCCCUCACCACUGCAUCACUGUCAUUGUCAUCGGGGGCAAUAUCUGUGACUCAAGCUAAGAUACUCUCAAGCUCUCAGUUAGAUCUGGCAAGGUUACAGUCGAUUUCUGAACCUGGUAAAGGUCCUGUGCAAAUUGCUGUCAGCAAGAGUCUUAUCAGCCCAAAUACACUAACAGUGUCUUUACCAAGUAGCUCUGUUACUAAAACAGUGUCUCAUUCAACUUUGAUUGCAUCAUUAACUUCCCCAGGUAAACCUGCACAAUCAGUUCCAUCACCUCUCAGUGCUGGAAAACCGUCAUCUGUGCUCCCAUCAACAACCCGACCAGACAGACCUCCAUCUGUAAUGUCAACAGAGCCCCUGGGUAAGGUGUCAUCGUUACUGGAGUCUAGUCCUGUCUUGUCCCCCUCAGCCCCCUCCCCGGGGCCAAGCUCCUCACCCCCAUCCAGUGCAAUUCCCAAGACAGUGGAGGCAGAGCUAUCCCAGGACUUGUCUCCCACGAGUAAAACAUCACCAAAGAGUGGACCCAAGGGUGUGACGGCCUCUUACAGUGCUACAGCUAAAACCGUCCUUCCAACAAUAGCAUCCACACGGACUAGACGCAUCAGGACACCCAAGCAGUAUGACUUGUGAUGUGAUGCUGAACAGGAACUGUGACGUUGUAUUGCUUGGAAUGAUUUGCUUGGUGUUCAGGUGCAUUUCAUAUUGUUUAUGUGUUCAAGUACUCAGCACAGGUGCAAUUGUCAAAGUCUUAAGGAAAUGACAAGAUAUUGGCAUUUAUCUUACUUCACAAUGGGAAUGUUAGGACCAGCAACUACAACUGCUUCAGUCUGUGUCAAAAACUUUUGAGUCUACUAGCCUGAAUUUGGCUACAUGCAUCAUUUUCUGUAGAUUUUGAUAUGAUAGUGCUUACUGGAACGAACAUCAUUUUAAUAGACUUGGACUUCGGACUAGUGGCAAAAGUCGCAGACUGCUGUUUAGCAGUGUAUUGUACCCAUGAAAACAUCAGCAUGCCUAAGAAGAAAGUAUGUUUAAUUACAACAAUCUAUUAAGCUUAUACAGAGUUUUAUUAAUACCAGAUAAUGAGAAUGAUCUUUAGGUAGAAAAAAGCCUAGAAUGGAAUUAUCAUUUUCAGGUUUGUAUCAAUUGUACAGGAUUCUCCCCACCCACUUUGUGUACAGAGAAUCAUACGUGCAUACCACAUCCAUCCACACUUGACAAUUCUGUAUAUCUUGGAAGAUAGAGCCCUUUGUCCCAUCAGUGGAUAAAUAUACUGCUCAACUUUUGAUAGGGAUAAUUAGAUAUAGGUUUUACUCUGCACAGCCAAUUGCGGCGACUUAGACAACUGGGGCACCAUGUCCCCAUCAAAAGUGGAGAUGUAUUUUACCAUGUAUAAGAUCUGUUCAUGUUCAUAUUCAUACCGGGUUAGAAUGGGUCCCCAGCAACCAAUAUUGCUGGUUCAUUACAUGUCAAAAUACCCUUAUGACAUGGGUUGUUGGUGAUGAUAUCAAUCACUGGUUUGUCUAGUCCUGACUUGAUUAUUAACAAGUUGACAUCAUAUAGCUGGAAUAUUGCUGAUUGUGAUGUUAAACACAAACGAUGAUGCCCGAUAUGUCGCCCUUCGGAGGGACAUCAUAUAGCUGGAAUGUUGCUGAUUGUGAUGUUAAACACAAACGUUGAUGCCCGAUAUGUCGCCCUUCGGAGGGACAUCAUAUAGCAGGAAUGUUGCUGGUUGUGAUGUUAAACACAAACGUUGAUGCCCGAUAUGUCGCCCUUCGGAGGGACAUCAUAUAGCGGGAAUGUUGCGGGUUGUGAUGUUAAACACAAACGUUGAUGCCCGAUAUGUCGCCCUUCGGAGGGACAUCAUAAAGCGGGAAUGUUGCUGAUUGUGAUGUUAAACACAAACGUUGAUGCCCGAUAUGUCGCCCUUCGGAGGGACAUCAUAUAGCAGGAAUAUUGCUGAUUGUGAUGUUAAACACAAACGUUGAUGCCCGAUAUGUCGCCCUUCGGAGGGACAUCAUAUAGCUGGAAUGUUGCUGAUUGUGAUGUUAAACACAAGCGUUGAUGCCCGAUAUGUCGCCCUUCGGAGGGACAUCAUUACCAUUGUUUUGGUAUUGUAGAUUUGCUAUUUUUGGGGAAAACAUUUUGUCUUUUUGUUGCUUUAAUGAUGAGUUGACAGGAAGUGAUGACUAUAUAAAACUUCUUUAUAGUCAACAUACCUUGCCUAAAAUGGAUGACAAAUGUGUUCAGUCAAAAUAAGCUCCCUGCAAGGGCGUAGUAGACGAAGAAAAAAAGAAAUUCAGUGAUAUCUAAUCAGUAAUAUUGGGUUCAGUUCACUUCAUAUGGUUACUAUCAGGAUUGUCAAGACUGCAUUCAUUUGCUCAUAUACUAUGUAUAUGUGUAUACAUUGUUCAUUUUCAAGAAAUAAAAAAAACAUAACAUCUU